ACUAUGGAUUGUACUAUGUGACGUGUGUGAGCGAGAUGUGAUUCGAGUGUUUUGAUUUUAUCAAAAAUAUAAAACUGACUUAAAAAGGAUUUGAUUAGUUAAGGAGUAAUAGUAAUUCUUAUUUUAAGUUUAAUUCAGUUUUUUAUAGUGUCUUGAUAAGUUAGGAUUAUUUGACCCGAGCUGACUCUAUAUUCCAAAACAAGAAAUUGUUGAUGAAUUUCGUUCAGUUUUAUUCCCUUCAGUAAACUAUACCGAAUAUUGUAAAAUGGGCGAAAAAGAUGAUUAUUUGACUUCAUAUCGAGUGUUCUUUGAGAACUUUGCGGCAACUGUUGAUCCUGAGGAUCAAUUGCCUGUGAAUAUCUCGGGAUACACAAUUACGGAGGCGGAGUUGCCGGGAGAAGUAAUUUACUGGACGACACAAUAUUUGACCGAAAAACAAUGCCCUCUUACGUUGAUGGCUCCACUACAACGGAUCAUACUUGACGAAGUCCGCGUCGCAUCUAAGAAACAUCCCAACGAAUUUGGAUAUAAUUCUGAUGAAUCAGAAUACGUAGCCCUCCGAUUAAUGCAAGCAGUGACGGCACGCGUCAAUGACGUGUGCAUUCGAUAUCUGGACAAUUCCCGCCUCGACACACUGCCCCCACCGCCUCCUCCAACGAUGAGAGAAUUUCGCACCGUCUCCUCUGCCACGAAAAAUAUAAGAAGAGUUAUGGAGGACCGGCAUGUGGAGAUUGGCAAUCUCGAAGCCUUGUUUGGCAUUGAGACGACGGAGCCGACGAGCUUCUACGCCGUGUACGACGGGCACGCGGGCUCGGCGGCCGCCACGUACUGCGCGGCGCACGUGCACCAGUACCUGGCGGAGAGCCCGCACUUCGCGCGCGACCUGCGCCGCGCCACCGACGACGCCUACCUGCGCACCGACGCCGAGUUCGUGAGGAAGAGCAAUCAGAAGCGCGCGGCGGGCGGCAGCACGGCCGUGUCGGUGUGCGUGCGCGGGCGGCGCCUGCUGGCGGCGUGGGCGGGCGACUCGCAGGCGCUGCUCGCCAAGCGCAUGCGCCUCAUGCAGCUCGUGCACCCGCACAAGCCCGACCGCCCGGACGAACGAGAACGAAUAGAGUCAUCGGGGGGCUCAGUGGUGUACUGGGGCACGUGGCGCGUCAACGGACAGCUGGCGGUCUCACGAGCUAUUGGUGACGCAAACUACAAACCGUACGUAACGGCGCGGCCCGAGAUAGCAGAGGUUGACUUGGAUGGUGACGAAGAUUUUGUGGUUGUGGCCUGCGAUGGUCUCUGGGACUUCGUCAGCGAGGACGCUGUUGCAUUGUCUGUUUAUAACCAGAUAAUGAACGAUCCAGAUGACUUGAAGGCGGUGCCGAAGAAUUUGAUAAGAAUAGCCAAGAAAGAGGGCUCUGAGGACAAUAUUACAAUAAUCGUGGUGUUCCUUAAGGACCCGCGUGAUAUUGUCGCCGACAACUGCCUGCCCAUGGACCUUGGGCUGGAUAACGCGGUGGUGAACGCACCACCGUUCGCCGUGGAGAAUGAAGCUUGCAAGAUGGUGGUGGCGGAGGCGGGAGGAAGAGACUGUGCCGAGGGUGGCGACAAUGGUGUAUCUGACAGCGAUAGUGACGACCUUGGCCCAGAGACUGCUGUAGACGUCGAUUUAGAUAUAGACGAGGACGCCGAAAUGGACCAAAAUGAACCAGCUGCUCCGACUCCACCAGCACAUACAGUGGAAGACAGCCACGUCGACGGCAACUUAGUGGAUAAUGUAGCGGAGAGUGGCGAAGAGUCCGAAGACGAGUGGAAUUACUACAAAGGCGAGGGCGAACAAGAACAAAAUCCUAGCGAAGAGGUCGACGAGCCUCCGCGUUCUGAAACACCUUGUCAAGAUAAUUCUGCUUGGGAAAGCAGUUCAGUAGACAUGAACAGCUCACCACUUAACCCAGAUGCUCCGGUCUUUGUGCCGGGUGGAGUAACAGGAUCUGAUGUACUGUUGGCGGAGUCUCCCCGCAAGCCCUUACCUAUGGAUGAUAUAGAAUUGCCUGAUGUCGCCCAGUUCCAGACUGAGGCUGUCAUCAGACCUGCUGAACUUCAAGACUUGGAUAAUUGUGAUCAGCUUAAUGGGCAUCAUAAUAUAUCAAUGGAAGGCGUAACGCAACACUUAAAUGGCAACGAGAAGUGUGACAUGGAGAGCUUAGGUUUCGGAUUUAGCGUAGGAAUAGAACAAGAUAAAAUAAAAGAUACAGGUUUAUUUCAAGAUUUUGAAAGAAUACAAAAAGAUACAACAGACUUUUGUAACAUUCAGGUAUUUCCUGCUCAUACAGAAACAAAUCCCUUUAGUGUUGAUGAUAAUGACGAACUCUUUGAAAGGCUAAAAAAUAAAGAAAAUGAUCCCAUGAGCAUGAGUUUUUACCAAGAAAAAGAUGAUGACACUUGUGAAAGAUUUGGUAAAAUUGGAUCACAUGUUGAUUUAAAUGCAGUACAGCCUCUUCCUGACAGUGACGAUGAAGAUAUUCAACAAAACGGAGUUUGUGAGACUGUUAAUGAAAAUAAAGAAAACAUUUCUCCUGAAGAGAGAACGAAUUUAUUAAAUUUAGAACAAGACAAUCAAGAGCCAAACAAUGACAUUAUUAGGUUUGAAGACAGAUCAGAAAUUGUCGGAAACAAUGUUUCUAGUUUAGAUAAUUUUAUGGACUUCAAUAUUCAAAAUACAAAUAUGCAAAAUGAUACUAAUACAGAGUUUGAAUGCAAUGUCCAACAAGACCCUGUUGCUCAAACAGAUACACCUGAAUCUCACAAACUUCUCUUUGAGCAGAUACCAGAAAUACCAGAUGGUAAAAGCUCAGAACUAGGAUUUACAAAUGAGGACUUAUUGGAUCCUUCAGAUAGUGAUAAAGAUGUAAGAGCUAUAACUCCGCAGGAUGAAAUUUCUCAAGAUAUUGAAAUGGAAAGUAAAUUUGAUGAAUCACCAUCUGAAGAAGUUCACCCAGAAAUUGUUGCUGAACUUAAAGACGACCAAGUUGAUGAAGAAAGUUCUGAAAAAGAUAAUCAAGUAGAGAAUUCACCUGAAUUAGAAGAAAACGAAAUAGUGACAGAAACUGCAAUAAAUCCAGAAGUUAACGAAGAAUUAAAUUGUGAACAUGCAUUUUCUUCACAACACAUUAGUGAACAAGAAAUUAUUAAACCAUCUUCACCAGAAAUGGCACAAGAAAAUGUAGUGGUCGAAGUUCAUGAGACUCCUGAAUCUGAACUCAAUGAAGAGUUGAUUGAAGAGAAGGUAAUUGACGAAAUACAAAAUGAUACUGGUAAUGAUAAAAAAGAUUUAGAUCUCUCAGAAUUUGCUUUUGAAGCCCCAGAAAUUAAGUUUGAAAAAGAAGAAGACACUGAAUUGAAUCAACUGGAACCAGAGUUCUCGACAGAGUCGCCAUCGCCGUCUCCCGCUCUGAGUGAACCACUAAUGACGAGUGACUCUCCGUUACCGGUGCACGAGUCGCCACUUCCCAAGGAGUCCCCAUUGCCGCAAGAAUCUCCAUUGCCUCAAGAUUCUCUGUUACAUCGAGAAUCUCCUUUGCCGCAAGAGAUUUCUUUGCCGCGCGAGUCUCCGUUGUCACAAGAUACUCUACAGCCUAGAGAUUCUCCCAUUCCAAGUGAGUCUCCACUUCCGCAAGAGAUUUCACAUGCUCGAGAGUCCCCGUUACCACAAGAGUCGCCAGUACCAAGUCACUCCCUAUUGCCUCGAGAGUCAUCGGUAACAAGGGAAUCACCAUUACCGCAAGACUUUUCAGUGCAACGAGAAAGUCCAAUACCUCAAGAGGCUCUAAUACCAUUGGAGUCAUCACUACCGGGAGAGUCACCAAUACCUAGUGAGUCAUCAAUUCCAUCUGAAUCACCACUACCUAUUGAGUCACUGAUGCCAUCUGAGUCACCAUUACCGAUUUCAUCACCUGUACCCGGCGAACUUGUCGAACCCUCAUCAUCACCCGUUUCAAAGUCGCCACAUCCUUCAGAAUUAGUAGACAUUGAAGCAACUGCAUGUAAUCCAUCGCCAUUACCGACACAGACAACAUUGGAAUCACAAUCACCAUUACCAUCUCACGAUAUUAUUGGAACUCCAGCACCAGCUGAGGUUCCACUACCUAGGGAAUCCCCGAUACCUGAAGAAAAAACUGACAAGGAUACAGUGCAUGUUAGUGAUAUACUACAAGAAAGAGAGACACUAUUUAAUGCAUCACCUUUACCCAAUGAAAGCACAACAACCAUCGAACCUGCCCUUGUUGAACCACAAAUAGCAUCACCACAGCCCCUUGAUCUAGAAAAGGAAACAACAGAGACUCAAAUUGAACCUAAUAUUUCAGUUGAACAUGAGAAUAAAGAAAUAGAAAGAGAAUCACCACAUCCUGUGGACCAAUCUGUGUCACCUGUUCCAGUGCAAUCGCUUCAACAGACUGAUUCUUUCAUGCCCAUGGAAGUAUCGCGGUCUACCGAGUCGCCUGUACCUGAUAUACCUGUUCAAACAGAAUCAGUACCAUUAGAAUUGGAAACUUCUAUAGAAUCUUCCGUAGUCGAAACUGUACCUGUUGAAUCAGAAAUUACAAGUGUAUCUCCUGCACCCGUUGAUGUGAUCACAGAGACGACACCGGCAGCGCCUUCUCCAGUGCCCGUAACGGAUUCAGCAGAGGUUAUAUCUUCUGAGAUCCAACAAUCAGCACCCGAAAUUAGCGCUCCAGCACCCGACAUAGUACCGGAGGAACGGCCGCGUACUGAACUAGUCACCGAUAUAGAUAUCGGUAUUCCCGAAUCUAGAGCCCAAGAAAUUUGUGUUCCCGUUACUAGUGAAAUUCAACACGAUGAUACCGUACAACCCGGAGCAACACCCCCUCCGACACCCGCAGUCGAGCCCGCUCAACCUUCCGCACUCGGUGAGGCACCCAUCGCCGCCGCCACGGCCGCCGUGGCCGCCGCCGCCGCCGCCGCCGCCGCCGUCACAGGUGUAGCCGCGACCACAGCGAAAACGAAAUCGACCGGUUCUCCGAAAAAAUCUCCAACGACACCCACUGCUAAAGCGGCUCCAUCGAAGACGGCAACAAAAACGACACCCGCUACACGAACACCGGCUUCGGUGACGAAACGUUCCGCGCCUACAUCGACAACGAGCACGCCGCGGACACCGGCCACGGCCGCCCCGCGCACCGUCGCCGCCCGCACUCCGGGCUCGGCCACUAAGCCCUCGCCGGCCGCGCGGCUCGCCGCUAAGCCGGCCGCGUCGCCCGCCAUGAAGCCCGCCCCCAAGCCGGCCUCGGCGCCCGCGCCCGCUCGUGCGGCGGCGCCCACGCGCUCGGCUCCAGCUGCUCGCCCCGCUCCCAAGGCGCCCGCGACGAAACCCGCUGCCACAGCGGCAUCUGCGAAGACGGCUGCGGUACCAUCUAAAGUCGCCGCGGCACCGGCGGCUCGUCCCGCCGCUCGGCCUACUUCAGCGGCUCGCCCGCUUUCUGCCGCCGCUCCUAUCGCUAAGCCCAAGGACUUGAAGCCGAAAACUGCAGCAGCGCCCUCGAAGCCCAUGACGAAUGGCGAUGUGAAAGCUCCGGCCAAGCCGCCCACUCGCGCGCCGAUCACCCGCCCCGCGCCUCGUCCCGCACCGCGCCCGGCCGCUCCCGUCGCCGCUCCUCCUAAAUCUGCUGCACCAAAACCCGCGGCGCGCGCUCCUCUCGAUAAACAGAGCAAAGAUCUCGCUAACAAGCGCAUUACCGCCAAGGCCGCUCCUCCGAGGACUACGACUGCAAAGGCCCUGGCUGGAUUGAAGGCCGCUCCUGCGAAAGUAGGAAGUGUAAAGAAGCCCGUCGACAAGAAGGGCGCGACGGAGAAGACGCUGGCGAACGGCGCAGACGAGCCGAUGAAGGCGCCGCCCAGCCCGCAAGCCGACAACGCGCUGCUGCCCGACGUGAUCGCGUAGAUUGGCGAUUCGAUUCCGAUUCCUAUUAUUUUCCGCUUGAAUUUUGUGAUUUUCUAUAAGUGUAUGAUAGUUUUAACGCCGCUCGUAGCGGCGAGACGUUAGGUGCGGGAGACGUCUCCCAUUUUAUAUUAUAGAGUCGCUUUUAAUAGAUGUGUACGUUGCCGAUUCGUUGUGUGUGGGUGUCGGCCUCGUCGAACCGGCCCCAGUCCGGACGAUUUCGAGCCGGUUCGGCGCGGCCCGGCCCUACACGGUUAUUAUCCACUAUUAUGAGUCUGUUUAGAAUUUUUAUAUUACCAACGAAUGAUUGAUUUUAAAUCUGGCUUUUAAUUUAUUUUCUUUGUAUAACCGUAUUAUUUAAAUAAAAUUGUGAAGAAGGACUGAGACAUUGUUUUAUUUAUAGUGGUAUUAAAAUUAUGGAGUUACGAUAAUCAUAAUUAAAAAAGGAAGAAAUGUUUACUUAAUAAUAACAACUACAUUUACUUGUCAAUGUUUAACUUAAAUAUCAUGGUGUUACAAAGAAAUACUAAAAUAGAGCAUUUUAUUCAAAUAAAUGGUUAUAUCACCA